AUGGCUUCUACAGCCCCUGCACCGACACUUCCAGGGUCACAGAGCUACGGAAAUCCUCACACUUUCGAUCACACUGGGCAGAUCGCACCUCCAGGGAUGAAACCCAGGGUGACUGCUACCCUUUGGGAAGAUGAAGGAAGUCUUUGCUUCCAAGUCGAAGCCAAGGGCGUGUGUGUCGCUAGACGCGAAGAUAAUCACAUGAUCAAUGGCACAAAGCUACUGAACGUUGCAGGAAUGACUCGUGGACGUCGCGAUGGUAUCCUCAAGAGCGAGAAGACGAGGCAUGUCGUCAAGAUCGGCCCGAUGCACCUGAAGGGUGUCUGGAUUCCGUUCGAACGAGCCCUUGAAUUUGCGAACAAGGAGAAGAUUACAGAGCAGCUGUAUCCGCUCUUCGUGCACGAUAUCGGAGCAUUGCUCUAUCAUCCCUCUAAUCAGACGAGGGCAAGUGUAGGCGGCGCUGCUAUGGCUGCUGUUGAUCGAAACCGGAGACCUGACUCCAUGCAGACCAACCGCUAUCUGACUGGUGGGCCAACGACGUCGCAACCUCCAGCUCUACACCACCACCACUCGAUGAGCAACCCAGUCGGAGCGGCAAUGUCCCAGCCUCCGCAUUCUAUUCAACCCCACCCAGCUUCGGGUCGCCCCGGUUUAGACCGAGCUCACACGUUCCCAACGCCUCCUACGAGUGCAUCGAGUAUCAUGGGUAUGGGCAAUUCAGGAAGUUCUUAUGAAUGGAGUAACGCCAAUGUGCAAGCCGUCCAAGGAAAUCAACCCUUGUCCAUCGACACUGGUCUGAGCAACCAACGCUCCGUGCCCACUACGCCUGCAAGCACUCCGCCCGGGUCAGUGCAACAAGGUAUGUCUUAUCAGACAGCUCAGAGCUAUGACGGUUCGCGACCUAUGUACUCGGCACCCCCAUCUCAAGCCCCCCAAUACCACACUCAGUCGCAACCCAUGAUGGGUUACCCAAAGUCUGAUAUGGCACCGCCUGCCCGGGCACCCGAUCAAGGUGAUGUCAAGCCUACUGAUGCCAUAUUGGCUCAGAAUGAGGACUCAGUCAACCACAGCACUGGUGGCGACGAGGGCGCCGAGCAUGAAUACACGCAUUCAAACGCGCCUUACAAUGGCAACCGAGCACCGUAUGCGUACAAUACUGCUCCAGGCUCUGGUCCCAUCACAGGUGAACACCCUCAUCUAUCUCCGGAGAUGACGGGUUCGCCUCACCAAAACGGCUCGGGACGUGCAACACCCCGUACGACCACAGCUGGCCAAACGCAAUGGAACUCGGGCUACCCGACGCCUCAGCGUCACAAUGGCCCCUCCAGCAAUCUGUACAGCGUGAUGAGCGACACGCGUACAACAAAUGGUAACGGACAGCCGGACAGCUACCCACCGCCUGGAUCCCAAUAUCCCAGUCAAGCGUACGCCACAAACGGUGUAGCACCCGGCAAACGCGGCCGUGACGACGAUGAGGAUCCUUACGGCCGGCCCGGCAGUGUUCAAAGCGAGGACAUCGACGGCUUGAAGAGGCGAAAGACAAUGGAUGGUGGGGCUGUUGCUCCGCCGUACGGUCAAGACCCCAAUGCCGGACUCCAGCGGGCUCGUACAAUGCAAACGCAGCGCGCCCGCAGAUAA